AAAUAUUCUAUUCUCUGAUUAUUAUUUGAUUGUGCCACGCAAAGACUUCCCAAUAAAGUAAGAAAAAGUAAGAAUAGCUAAUUUUAAAGGCAAAGUCAAGUCUAUAAUCAACAAACAAAUUAGGCACUUUCUGCCUCAUAUCAACAAAUUGGUUAAAAUAUUUUAACUGCCUUUUGUCUGAGACAUCAUUUGAUAUGGGUUCAAGUCAUAGUGUAGAGGUACCCGGAGGUGGCACUGAAGGGUAUCAUGUGUUAAAGGUGCAGGACAAUUCUCCUGGCCAGAAGGCAGGUUUGGAAGCAUUUUUCGAUUUUAUUGUUGCCAUAGCUGGUACACGUCUUGAUCAGGAUAAUGACAUGUUGAAAGAAUUGCUGCGUCAAAAUGUUGACAAGCCCGUGAGAUUAACGGUGUACUCAAGUAAGACGCAAACAGUACGAGAGCUAAUGUUGACUCCAAGUAAAAAUUGGGGCGGACAGGGUUUGUUGGGUGUAAGUAUACGCUUUUGCUCAUUUGAAGGAGCAAAUGAAAAUGUCUGGCACAUUCUUGAGGUGCAUCCCAAUUCGCCGGCAGAAAUCGCUGGGCUGCGUGCCUAUUCGGAUUACGUUAUUGGGGCAGAUGCCAUACGCCACGAAAAUGAUGACUUAUUUACAUUGAUUGAAACACACGAACAACAACCACUUAAAAUGUAUGUAUAUAAUAUUGAUGACGAUGCCUGCCGUGAGGUGACAAUUAAGCCAAAUAGGAAUUGGGGAGGAGAGGGAGCGUUGGGUUGCGGCAUUGGCUAUGGUUACUUGCAUCGUAUACCAGUGCAAGCAGAGGGUUCAAUCGCCAAAGCACCAACUACAAUCGAACCAGUGAACACUCCAACUAUUGCAGCUAGCACCAUACCACCGACAUCAACAACAGCAACACCUCUUAUCGCACCAACACUGCCUUACGUCCCUCCUUUAACGAACACCUUUAAGCAACCACAAAGUACUGACGUGCCGGACAACACCGCAGUUUCCACAGCAACUUCACAACAGCCAAGUGUUUUUCAAACAUACUUCAAUCCUGAUGCUUUGACAAGUACUGCAGGUAGUAGCGCAUUUGACGUGGCAGACAAGAUAGCAAACCCAGCACAUAGUCAAACAGUAGCAGUAACGGAGCAAAAAAGUAGCGAAAUUAAAGCAUUGUUUCUCACUCCUCCUGCUGCUCCUAAUUCGCAACCAAAUCAGUUCUAUGUUUCUAAUUUACCGCCACCUGCAAACUUAUUCAUACCCGGAUCUCAUGAGCAACCAGUGUCCGCAGCCACCCUAACCAAUACCACAAUCGGAGCCUCGCAGUUGCAAUGUCCCCAGGCCACAUUACCUCCACCAUUCGUUUCUACGGCUACGGUACCAAUGUAUUCCAUGACAUCUCAGCCCCAACAAUACAUGACAGCACCACAGGCACUAUCAUAUCCAGCAGCGCAAACUGUGCCCACUUAUCCACAAGUGCAACCAACAGGCGGGCUCUAUCCGACACAGCCAACACCUAUGCCACCACAAAUGUUUGCACAACAAGUUGCACCUGAAUCGAAUACACCUGCCAGCGGAGCAUCGGUACCGCCUGCAAAUGUCUCGGCAACAACCAUGUCACAUAUGCAAUCUAUCCAACAAACGUUUGCUAAUUAGUUACACAUGUGUUAAAGUAAAUUUUAAUAUAUUUGCCUUCUUUAUUUUGAACUUUUUGUUUUAUAUGUUUUUAUGUAUUUCUUUAUGCUUUUCGCUUAUUGUAUAUCAUGGUCUAUUACUCUUUAUGCUAUUUUAACAAGCAAAACUUGACUACCAAUAAUUAGUAAUAAUGUAUUAAAUACGAGUUAUUAAAUUUAUAUGGCAAUGUGCAAAAUAGAUACGAAACCUGGUAAAAAUUGUUUGAUUGCGAAAUAGUAAACAUAUGUAUGUAAUCGUAUAA